AUGGUUUCAAUCCCGUACCCGGAUAAGCAGCCGUCGGAACAUGCUGUUCACGCCGCUGUGCAGACCAUAGCAGCGGAACUGGAUGUUGUCCUUCCGAGAAAUGAAGGUCACCCCUACGAGGUAGGGGUGGACAUGGCAUACCAUGGACUCGGAAGACUGAAAGGACGUCGGCAUAUCGAGAGUUUGAGCGACCAACUUGACGCGCUUCGAUGGAGGUUGCGGGUCCAGGAGCCGGUGUUCCUCGCAGCCUUAUCGUUGUGGGAUCAAGGCCUCUUAAGUCUGAAUGGCCUGGAGUCUCCAAUUGACUGGGAGGCGGAAUCUGACGACGUCCGUAUUAUCACUGGCUAUCUGGACUGUUUUGCUUUGCUGGGACGGCUGGAUCCAAUGGACCUGCAGGAGGCCCUCCGAGGUUAUUUCCCGGCACCGAGGACCUGGCUUGCGGUUCUCAUCGUAAGAUCCCGUGCAGAUCCUGCCGCUGUGAUGGAGUCGCUCAUCCGUAGCGGUAAGCUUGGGGUAUUGGAUGAGAAGAAGUGGGGCAGGGUCGACAAACGGUUUGUAUCCGACUCGGAAGCUAUGAUGAUAGCUACGGAGCGUGUCCAGCCCCAGUAUGGCUUCUGGUUACCGCAUGGAGAAGAAAUCAUGUCUGCAGCACCGCAGAUUUUGGAACGGUACCAAGCGAUCAGAUCGGCGUACAACCAAUUCUUCGAAAAUGAUGCUGUCGAUGCGUGGGGCGAUGCAGAGCCAUUCUUGGCGGCCAUCAAAAGCCUUGUGGAGAUUAGGAAAUGA